CAUAUGACCUGAAAUAUAAAUCUACCAUUAGUGGGCAGAUCUCCAGGAAUAGGCUUACAGAUCUGAAGGGUGUGAGUGUGAAGUUCAUGUUCUUCUGGGUCAACAUUGUGGAGGUGGUGAGAGUAGGCGACGAUCUGGAGUUCUCGGUGGGGAUGGCGACGGCGUCGUUUCCGGUGGAGAAUUUCUCCGAGUGCCCACAAUGUGGGUGUGGAAUCGAUUGCAAGAAUGGGAAAGUGAGGAAAAUUAAUGCCAAAUCUCUUAUUUCAUCCGUUUGAAUCUUUGCUUUUUUGAUCUAAUGUCGAAAUGAAGGUGUUUGAAUCUCAGGUAGGAAUUUGGACUGGUUUUUCAUAUGCUUGUGGCUUUUUUUUUGUUUUUUUUUUCUGAGUUCAAUCUAAUCUUCAUUUGUUAAUACCUACCUAGAAUGUAAAAGAGCCUUUGAGCCCAUUCGAUAGAAACAUAGAAUAAAGGGAACUCUGGACCAUAUUCUUUGCCAA